AUGAAGAAGUACGAAUCAGCCGAGGAGGUGCAGGCCAGCAGCACCUCGACCGUCGACGUAGAGGAGGCCGCCGCGAUCAACGAGCCUCAACUCGAUGGCAUCCACUCCAAGAAGGAGGAUCUUCUCUCUGACGAGGAGGAGUGCACACCAGGAGCCACCAAGAGCAAGCCUGUGACACAGCAGGCCAAGAUCGAUUCGAAGAAGAAGAAGAAGAAGACGAUCGAGGUUGCUGUGAAGAAGGAGGAGGUGGCGCCGGUGCCCAAGGAGCUGGCCAAGGAAACCGAGGACGAGAGGGAAUGCUACCGCCACGCCAUCGUCGACGUGCCGGCCCUCGUGGAGCUGCUGACCCUCAUCGGCCGCUGCCCGGUGUGCAAGUCCAGCCUGCGCACCGACAAGAUCGCCACCGACGAGGCGACGGCCGUCGUCAACGUGUCGCUCAAGUGCUCUCGCCUUCGCUGCCAGUUCACCAAGCACUGGUGCAGCAGCCCGACGGCGGGCAUCAGCACCACGGAGGCCGCGAAGAAGUGA